ACGAAACUUAAUCUUGAAUCUCAUUGAAUCUAUCUAGAUAGCAUGUGACUAGCCGAAUUCAUACAUUGUAAGACCCUAUGAAGUUAGUUGACAUUUUGUCGACGUCAUAUUUAUUAGAUCGAUGGGAGAGGAUCUCUUGGCCAUUUGAAAACUGAAACGCACCUAAAUAGUUUAUCACAGCUCACUAAAGACUUCGGACUAUUUGGACUUUCAGCCUAUAGAUAUUUAGUUGCGCUUCCAAGGGUUGACUAUCAGCUCUAAGAUUUAAGAGGAAAUUCAACGUGAUACAAAAAUACAAAAUGGGGUUGGAAGAAGAUCUUGAGUCAAAGCCUCCUUGCCAUCCUCGCGCCUGUGCUAUUCAAGACUGCCUUACAAAGAAUAAUUACAACGAAGCAAAGUGCUCAGGUUUUAUCGACGCCCUAUACGAAUGUUGCGAUGCCUUCUAUCGGAAGCACGGAGAUAAUGCAACGAGCGCCAGUUGUCCAAAGGCCAGCCUUCUUCGAUUGAAACUGAAGCAAAGACAGGACGAGAUGGAGAGUUAAACAGCCAUAGUUUUACAAGGGUGUAAUUUAUAUAAAUGCUAUCACAAAUCAUUAUUGAGUGGUUUGGCAUACCUGAAGGUACCUAGGUAGCAUGUUCGACAUCUCCUUAUAUGCGUCAACCUAGACAGGAAGCUAGGCAACAUUUACGAAGAGUAGAAAUCGUUCUGGGCGAUCAUUGAGCGCGCAAGAGGCCCUUGAAGGACCUGGAUAAGCAUUGAAAGCAAUGGUUGGCUUAUCCCGAGACUCUAAUAUGAAUGCCGAUGACAUUAUGGAGAGAACAGAAGAAGAAAAAAAUAGAAAAUUU